GCCCCAUACUUCUCUCCUCCAGCUUUAUGGAACCCUAUAAGCUUUGUGUUUGUUUCCCCGGCCAGACCAUCUGCUAGCUAGCUAGCGAGCCCAUCGAUCUCUCUAGCACUGCCACUUUCGGCUGGUCUGUGUCCGUAGCCAAAGCCAAAGCGAAAGCUAGCUUCUUCACCGGCGCCUGCCUGAUCUCCUCUCUCUCGCUCCAGAAUAGUCACGUACGCUCUGCCACGCACGACGAGUUCGGUAGAUGCGCAAUGCGAGCGGCAGCUGGUGGUGUUCCCGUGUGGCGUUGCUGCAGCAAGUGCUUGUCCCGCAGGCUGCUUCUCAUGGCUUCGGCCAGCUGCUUGGUGCUGCCUCGCCCGGCAUGGAUGGUGAUCAUGAAGUGAUGCCUCCUCUCCUGUUCCGCGCCCUCGCGUCCCUCAACCUCAUCCUCCUCCUCGUCUACCUCCUGCUCGUCCUCCUCGCCAAGCUCUCCGCGCGCCUGCACCUCAGGGCCACCGCCAAGGACCGUACAGGUAGUUGGGAUCAUGACUGCGACCACCGUGCCGAGACCACAAAGACGGAGGACGUCGUCGCCGCCGACAUCGUCGGUGGACAGCAAGCGAACAUGCUGCUCUGGUUCGACGAGGCCGUGUUCGAGGACAGCUCCCUGCUUAGCGACGAAGGAAAGGAUCACCUGUACACCACCACUGCCACUCCACGUUGCUUGCAGGUGGAGGGCACAUUUCCCGCGGAGGAAUCUGCCCGCAUCUCGCCGAGCGAGGGCCACCAUAUCGAUGCUGCUGGGCAGCAGCAAAAGGCCAAGGACAUCGCCGUCGAUGUUACGGAUCAGUGGAAUGUUCCAGCCGUCACAUCACCGGAGAAUGUUCCCAUUGAAGGCAAUCUCCUAGGGAAGAAGGAAAGCAGCAGAGAAGAAGACGCUCGUCGCGAUGACGACAACGACCGUGACGAGCAUGCAGAGGAGGUGGAUAAGGGCUUCUCCGAAGGCCAUGUCAAGCUGUUCGUGAACAACCGCGCGCUCGCGGACACCAGGAAGCUCCUGCUCGAGGGCGUGGUGGCCGGAGGAGGAAGGCAGCUGAAGGAGGAGAAGGACAGGGACAGCGGCCGUUUUGGCGAGUCGACGCUGACGAGCGAGUCGACGUCCAAGAGCUCGGUGGAGUGGCGGAGCGCAACGGUGACCAAGGACUCGGAGACGGAGUACCCCUUCUCGUCGUCGUCGCGGCGGAGCUCGGCGCGGUGGGAGUCGUACACGCUCUUCCGCAAGUACGACGAGGACAUGGUCUACUUCCACCGGGUCGGCGCCCAGAAGCUCACCGAAAUAGAGUCAUUCAGGUCCAUCAAGUACCGGCCACGAUCAAUGUCGGAGCGGAUCGUGCGCAAGCUGACACCCAAGCCGAGCGCCCCGAUCGGGCUGCGGGACCCGUAUCCAGACCUGGAGAGUGCGUACGUGGCGCAGGUCUGCCUGACGUGGGAGGCCCUGAACUGGAACUACACCAGCUUCCGGCGGUACAACGUCGGCGACGGCAACAUCGCGGCGCGGUGCUGCCCGGCGCGUGUGGCGCAGGAGUUCCAGCAGUUCCAGGUGCUUCUGCACCGGUUCAUCGAGAACGAGCUGUACGAGUGCGGCAGGAGGCCCGAGGUGUACGCACGGAUGAAGAACUGGACGCCCAAGCUCCUCCUGGUCCCCGAGUUCAGAGGGGAGGAUGACGAGAAAGACGACCUGAUAUCGGCGGUUCAGUUCUUGCUCAUAUUGGAAGAGUCGAUCAGGACGUUCAUGAACUUUCUCCGUGCCGACAAGAGGAGCCACUACGAGAUGUUCAGAGAAAUGGUUAAGAGGAGGUCGAGCGCCGUGGAUCAAACCUUGGUCAUCACCCUCAAGAAAGCCAACAAGAAAAAGAGGAGCCGGCUCAAGGACCUGACGCGGCCAAGGCGGUGCCUGAAGAGGACGAAGCUGAGGGAGGAGGAGGAGCUAUCCAUCCUGCUGGGCCUGAUCGACCUCAAGGUGGUGGCGAGGGUGCUGCGCAUGCCGGAGGUCACCGAUCAGCAGCUGCACUGGUGCGAGGAGAAGAUGAACAGAGUCAGAGUCGAUCCGGAAGGCAGGAUGCAGAGAGAUACUUCCCUUCUUUUCUUCCCUGGACACUGACUGACAGGGACCUGUCUUGUGUAAUCUACUUUUUUCCAUCUUCUUUUUCCUGUUUACGUUGAUGAUAUGUAGUGGACAAAGAUAAAGUUGCGUUGCAUAGACAUGAGAAUAUGCGUGGCACUUAGGCCUCAUCUAGUACUGUGUAAAGAGAGAGAGGGAGAGAAAGAUCAGAGAUGAUGUUAUUGUAA